ACCUUUCUUCCGAAACCUCCCAUCGGCGAAUGUAGAAUUUCAACUUGAACGAAUGCAGAAGAUUUCGAAUUACUGCAUUAUGAUGGAACAUCUGGAACAGGAACCUGAGUCCUCCACAGAUAUGACAGAAAAUCAUGCACCACUUAUAUGUGGGCUUCCAGAUGACAUUGCUCUUUUCUGCUUAGCAAGAGUUCCCCGGAGAUACCACAUGAUGCUUAAGUGUGUUUCAAAGAGGUGGAGGGAAUUGGUGUGCAGUGAGGAGUGGUAUUCUUACAGACAAAAGCAUAAUCUAGAGGAGACAUGGAUUUAUGCAUUGUGUAGAGACAAAUCUGAUCAAAUUUGUUGUUAUGUUUUGGAUCCCAACUCAUCACCGCGGUGCUGGAAGCUCAUCCAAGGCUUACCACCACGGUGCUUGAAGAGAAAAGGCAUGGCUUUUGAAGUUUUAGGGAAAAAGUUCUACCUACUGGGUGGCUGCAGUUGGUCUGAAGAUGCCAACCGUGAUGUAUAUUGCUAUGAUGCUUCCAAGAAUACUUGGGAUGAAGCUGCUUCCCUGUCAACUGCAAGGUGCUACUUUGCUUGUGAAGCUUUGAAUGAGAAACUCUAUGCAAUUGGAGGCGUAACAUUGAGUUCAAGUGAUCAGUGCUCAUGGGAUACUUAUGACCCAUCUACCAACAGUGGGACGACCCACGUGGACCCAAAUAUUUUCCCUGAUAUCCAGGAGUCUGUAGUUUUGGACGGAAAAAUUUACAUCCGCGGUGCUGUGUCUACGAUAUCCCAACACAUUCCCGCGCUUGGGUACAAACCAACAAGCAGCGCAUGGCAAAAUGUGGAUGAAGAUCUGGUGUCAGGCUGGCAUGGUCCUGCUGUUGUUGUAGAUGGCACUCUUUAUGUGCUGGAUCAGAAUUCAGGAACGAGGUUGAUGAUGUGGCAGCCAAAGAGUAGGGAUUGGGUAUUAGUUGGCAGGCUGUCACCAUUGCUGACAAGGCCACCUUGUAGACUUGUUGCCAUUGGGAAGAGAAUUUUUGUAGUAGGGAAGGGGCUUAGCACCGUGGUGCUCGACUUGGCAAAGGCUGGGAAUGUGGGAGGGGUGAUGGUAAGUUCUUCAGUUCCCAAACUAGAUUCUGAUGAUGAUGUAAUUAGUUGUAAAGUCCUCUCAAUAUGAAAUCCUUUCCACCCUUAUAAGCUAAAACUAGUGACUUGAUCGUCUUACUUGAAAUGCUGUGUAUGUACUUAUUUUCUAAGCAAAUGAUAUAAAUUAAAUAAUUGUUUUC